UAAAUGGAUUUAUAUGCUAGGAUUUAACAAGAUCUUUAAGUAAAUAUACCAGACCUCUAGCCAGCCCCGUUCUGCCGGUUUGCACUCAGCGCUCGGCCUGGUCGUGUCGUUGUGCCUGAGUAUUGGCUGCUACGCUGCAAAUUAUGCAGAUUUGUGGACGCCGUAGAAGGAGGAGGGCUGGAGGCCGGGCCAGAGGAUUGCUACGUGUCUUGGAAGUCUCUUUUUAAAAGCUCCUUGUCUUCUUCGAUCACCGUAGCCAAAAGUUUGGAGGUUACAACUCGAGCAGAGCGACAGACUCGUCCCCCUCCUGCGCCAGCAUCAAGGCCUCCGUGUGUCCGCGCCCGGUGUUCAGCGAAAUGUCCGGAGUGAAAAAGCUUCGUACGGAUCUCAACAGAUCCACCAACGUGGUGUACCAGGCACACCAUGUCAGCCGGAGCAAAAGAGGGCAGGUCGUGGGCACCAGGGGAGGCUUCAGAGGCUGUACCAUCUGGCUCACUGGUUUGUCCGGUGCUGGGAAGACAACCAUUAGUUUUGCCCUUGAAGAGUACCUUGUGUCCCAUGCUAUCCCUUGCUACUCGCUGGAUGGAGACAACAUUCGCCACGGUUUGAACAAGAAUCUGGGCUUCUCUGCUGAAGACCGUGAGGAGAACAUUCGUCGUAUUGCUGAGGUGGCUAAACUGUUUGCAGACGCCGGGCUGGUGUGCGUCACCAGUUUCAUCUCUCCUUUCACCAAGGAUCGCGAGGAAGCGAGGAAGAUUCACGCAAAUGCCGGACUGCCAUUUUUUGAGGUGUUUAUCCACGCUCCUCUCGAGGUGUGUGAGAGCAGGGAUGUAAAAGGACUUUACAAGAAGGCUCGCGCCGGAGAGAUCAAAGGUUUCACUGGAAUCGACUCAGAUUAUGAGCGUCCUGAGAAUCCGGAUCUUGUUCUGAAAACUGGUGAGCUCUCGGUGAGCGAAUGCCUCCAACAGGUGUUGGAGCUGCUCAAGGACCAGAAUAUUGUUCCAGGCGAGAUCAUGGAGGAGCUGAAUGAACUAUUUGUUCCAGAGAACAAGCUGAAUCUUGCGAUGGCUGACGCAAACACGCUUCCCACCAUCAGCAUCACCAAGCUGGAUCUGCAGUGGGUGCAGGUUUUGGCCGAGGGUUGGGCCAGCCCACUGAAGGGCUUCAUGAGAGAGAGAGAGUUCCUCCAGGUCCUACAUUUUGGCAACCUGCUGGAUGGUGGGGCCAUCAACUUGUCUGUUCCCAUCGUCCUGCCUGUCAGCACUGAGACCAAGCAGAAUCUGGAUGGCUGUGCGGCUGUAGCUCUCGAGUACCAAGGUUCACGUGUAGCUAUUCUCAGGAACCCAGAGUUCUACGAAAACCGCAAAGAGGAACGCUGCGCCAGACAGUGGGGCACCACUUGUCCACAGCACCCUUACAUUAAGAUGGUUAUGGAGGCAGGUGAUUGGCUGGUGGGUGGUGACCUGGAGGUGCUGGAGCGAAUCAAAUGGAAUGAUGGACUUGACCAGUACCGCCUCACCCCACAGGAGCUCAAGCAGAAGUUUAAAGACAUGAAAGCAGAUGCCGUGUUCGCCUUCCAGCUGCGUAACCCAGUCCAUAAUGGCCAUGCCCUGCUUAUGCAGGACACCAAGCGCCGUCUGCUGGAGCGAGGCUACAAGAAUCCAGUCCUCCUACUUCAUCCACUUGGUGGCUGGACCAAAGAUGAUGAUGUGCCUCUGGAAUGGCGGAUGAAGCAGCAUGCUGCCGUCUUGGAGGAGGGUGUCCUUGACCCAGCCAGCACCAUUGUUGCCAUCUUCCCCUCACCUAUGAUGUAUGCUGGACCCACAGAGGUUCAGUGGCACUGCAGAGCCAGAAUGGUUGCCGGAGCAAACUUUUACAUUGUUGGCCGAGACCCUGCAGGCAUGCCUCACCCAGAGACUAAAAAGGACCUGUAUGACCCCACACACGGAGGCAAGGUCCUCACCAUGGCCCCGGGCCUCACUUCUGUAGAGAUCAUUCCCUUCAGGGUAGCUGCCUACAACAAGGUUAAAAAGGCUAUGGACUUUUACGAUUCAGAGCGACAUGCUGAGUUUGAGUUCAUCUCUGGAACCAAGAUGAGGAACAUGGCCCGGAACAGAGAGAACCCUCCAGAUGGUUUCAUGGCUCCCAAGGCCUGGAAAGUGUUGGUUGAGUACUACACCUCUCUUCAGAAGGACAAGUAAUCAACAAAGUGCUCAGCUCACCAGUUAACAGCAUGCUAUAAAACAGUGGGUUCUUAAGGGGGCUAUUUUAGAUCCAGUCUUGUUUUAUGCAUUUAGAGUAAUGAAUUUAGUUUGCUAUAAAUAAUGAGUCAUUAUAUCAGGGGUGGGUUUUAUACAAGUCAUCACCAAAUCAAAAUGUCUGAAGAAGUUAAAUCAUUACAUUUUUACAUUCUGAUAAAACUAUGUGAUUUAUAAAUCCUAUGUAUGUUUAUAUGCAUAUUAACUUAAGCUAUGUAUUGUAAUAAAUUAAUAGUAAUUUGAGAUUCUUUUUAUUUUUAUUUUUAAAGUUUAGGAGCACAUAUCAAGUCAGGGAAAUCACUUUUGAAGGAUGCAUGACAUUAUUUUAAGGCAAAUAUAUCAUUGUCAAGUUAUUUGUAUGACUUGAAUGAAAGUUUUAUCACUACCUACUGUGCCUAUUUGUUGUGAAGAUGCUGAUUAAUUCAUCUUGUUAAUGUUUCACAUUAGUGUGAGAUAGAACAUAAGAUGUUUUUAAUAAUGUGAGAGUGCCUUUCUCUCAAAUGUCAACAUUGUAUAACAGCAAUUGUUUACAUUUCUUGUUGGCAUUUGCCUGAAAUGUCUGAGAUUUGUGCGAUUUUAUAAAGUGGGCAUGUGCAUUCAUGUAAUAAAGACCUUUUGGGAAGAAGAAGUAUGUCAAAUGCAGUAAUGAAGGAGCUUAUUUGUUGUUAUGAAUAAUUGUGUGACCACCUAACCUAAGAUAUUGUGUCCUUUUAUGUCAUGUACUGACAUGUUUUCUUUUCAGUGACACCUCACGUCAUCUCAGGGCCACUGGGUAUGCAACAUAGCUUAAAGUGACUUCCGCCUGUAAAAGGUGCAGUUGCAUCAAUUGAUGGUUAGAGGUCUAAAUCGACUUGGUAUCCUGGAGCUAAAAAGCUGAAAGUGCAAUGCUGCCACCUGCUGGCAAGACCUGGUGCAGGCAAAUACAAAAAUAACAGAACAAUAAACUACUGUAAAUGCAUGUAAAAAUGGCAUAGUCACAUUGGGUCUCCCUUACAGGCCGUAUGCGUGAUAAAUGCACUCAUUAUGAUGACACUGAAUGAGACCAGACCAAAAAUUAAUCCUGUUUUUCUACCUUUUGUCCAUAAGCGGUUUAAUUUUGUUUUAAAUAAAGAGUGAACUGAAUGAGCAACAGUCAAGGUCAA